UCCAAAGGUCCCAAGUCCUCGAACUCUCCAGGGGGAUCUUCCUCUGCAGUAGAGAAGUUCGGACCUGGGGUAGUGUCGCCGGAGGGAUUCUACUACUCCGCUGCCACCAGAAAUUUAUGCGUCUCCAUCUCUGCUGAUGGAUCGGAUGAAUGCAUCAAACCCAGAUGUAAAAAAUGUUGGAGCAGGUUGGACUGAAGGUAAUCCCGAAGAAGUGGAGGGUCUUUGGCUUCAAGUUGAUGAAAUAUUCACAAAGGUUAAUACGCUUGAGAAACAAGUAAAUGAGGUGGAACAAUUCUACUUGGCAAAUGAUAAUAGCUCAAUCAUGAAGGACAAAGACAGUGACAAACAUUUGACUAGUGUUAAGAAGCAGCAGCAGCAAGAUACAUCAUGUAGGGAAGCACCUGCUUCAAAGAGAAUGCAAGAGCUUAUGCGCCAAUUUGCCACAAUAUUGCGUCAGAUCACUCAGCACAAGUGGGCUUGGCCCUUUAUGAAACCUGUAGAUGUUGAAGGCCUUGGUUUGCAUGACUAUUAUGAGGUUAUUGAGAAGCCCAUGGACUUCAGUACAAUAGAAAAGAAAAUGGAGGCUAAGGAUGUUGCUGGGUAUAAGAAUGUGCGGGAGAUCUAUGCUGAUGUGAGGUUGGUUUUUAAGAAUGCAAUGAAAUAUAAUGAUGAAAAAGAUGAUGUCCAUGUGAUGGCAAAAACUUUGCUGGAAAAGUUCGAGGAAAAAUGGCUGCAGCUUUUGCCUAAAGUUGCUGAAGAGGAAAAGAGACGAGCAGAGGAGGAUGCAGAGGCAAGAUUAAGUAUGCAGGUCGCUCAGGAGGUUGCUUAUUCCAACAAGGCUAAGGAUUUAAGCAAUGAGCUAUAUGAGUUUGAUAUGCACUUGAAGAAUCUCAGAGAAAUGGUUGUUCAGAAGUUCAGGAAAAUGUCGACUGAAGAGAAAAGAAACCUUGGGACAGCUCUUACGCAAUUGACUCCUGAAGAUCUGAGCAGGGCAUUGGAGAUUGUUGCCGAGACUAACCCAAGCUUCCAAGCCUCUGCCCAAGAGGUGGACCUCGACAUGGAUGCUCAGAGUGAAUAUACAUUACGUAGGUUGAAGGUUUUUGUGAAAGAUAACCUAAAAGUCCAUGGAAGGAGUUCUGAAGGUAUCAGUGGCAACAAUAAAGAUAAAAAUGAGAACAACAAGAAGAACAACUCCAAAAGAAGAAGAGAGAUCUGUGAUGCUCUUGCGAAAACUGCUGUUAAAAGGACUAAAAAGCUCUCUAAUUUGUGAUCCGCCAUUACAGCAUGUACCUCAGUUUCUCUUUUUUGUUGCACUCCAUGUGAAUUUUCUUAGGUAGAUCCUCUUGUUGCUGAGCUCUUUCUUUACCAGUCUGUACAGGUUUAUUAGGCAGAUGGGAAAAUGUAUUAUUUGCUUUGGUCUAGGCUUUAUUCUUGUGAGCAAGUCUUCUUGCUUAGGCCACAUAUUGGUUAGGGAUGGCCGGGAUACAUAUAUAAUAUUCUCAUUAUAUUUCUUAGCCUUGACUUUGUUUAAGAAGCAACAUACUUAUUAAUGCCUGCAGAAAUGUGUCUUAGAUA